UGUGGCUAACAUACAUAUCAUCCGAGGAACGCACAUCAAAAUACGCAGUUCACUCGUCCUGGCUCGGUUCACAGACUUGCAAACGAACACUUCAUUCAAGUACUAUGGCGGUUGAGGAGGACCGAUGAGCUGAUCCGAUCAAGUGAGGGAAGCGACCACGCCAGGAAUACCCUGAAACCUGUGACAGCUACGAUGCGUGCAGCCUCAGAGACGAGUGGACUGACAACGCCAUGACCGUCGCCGUCGUUAGCGUUUUUGUCCAGGAGAACUCGUCCAAACUUGGUGGUGGAUAAGGAAACGAAUGCAAAGAGCCAUCGCCAUCAUGUAUUUGAUCUUGAGAACCUCGGUGUCGAAGCCUCAGACCUGUUUGUCCACUUGGUGAAUGGCUACUGGCUCUGCAGGCACAAGAAUGAGAAGCGUUGCAGCAUCCUUGUGAUCCACACAAGAUUUCCCUUUCUCGACCUUCUUGAAUACACUUCUGCAGUUCUCGAGCUCAUCCUUCGAUCUUCCCCAAGGUUGGGAGGAAAAACAAGCAGCGAGGGCAUGCGUACCCGGGUGUGAGAGGUCAAAUUCGAGCCGACCACUCGACAACAAUUUGGCAAUUUGGAAGCGUUCCCAAGAUGUUCCACUAUGAGUGCAAUUAAGCUGCGACAACGGAGGUCCACGCCAGCCUCAAUCAUGGCUAGCAAGCGUUUGUACAAGAUCGACGAGGUGGAUCCCUACCAACGGUCCAACCCGUUCAUUCGAUCCGGUUACCGGGGAUCCAUGAACCUGAUCGCCUGUCUCCGGAGCACGUUCACCUUUCACAAUGAGACAGUCAACAUUUGGACCCACUUGAUAGGGUUCUUCUUCUUCGUGGGCCUCCUCAUCCGUGAUUUCCUGACUAUUCCGACCCAUUUGGUGUCUUCCGUUGAUCUCCUGGUGCUGACUGGCAUGCUCCUGUGCUACCAAGCCUGCAUGAUUCUCUCUAGUCUCUUCCAUACGUUCACAUGCCACUCGGAGAGAGUGUCCCGGAGGUGUCUGUCAUGGGACUUGGCCGGCAUUACUCUGGCCUUGCUGGCCACCUAUCUCUCUGGGAUUCACUAUGCGUUUUGGUGCCACGAAUCCUGGCGCAACUUCUACUUCAUCACGGUGGGUGGGAUAUUCAUGAUCGCCGCCGGAAUGCAACUUCACCCGAAAUUCGCUGUGGAGGAGUACGCCCAUAUUCGGAUUGGGCUUUUCACGGUGUGGGCCAUCUAUGGGUUCGUGCCCACCCUUCAUUACAUCUACUUAAGUGGAGGCUUCUCUAACGGGUUGGUGUCGGUCAUGUUCCCGAGGAUCAUGAUCAUGUACGUGAUAUGUGGUGUGGCAUUCCUGUUCUACAUCACGAAGUUGCCCGAGCGCUUCAUUCCGGGACUGGUGGAUAUCGUUGGUCACUCGCAUCAAUGGUGGCACCUUCUCAUCUUUUUGGCCUUGCUCUUUUGGCAUCAUACCGGGGUGACCUUUGCUCUCUUUCGGUUGUCCACGGGUUGCGAGACUCCUCCCAAUGAAGACGAACUGAGACAAAUCGCUCUGGGAUUCUGAAACACACCUCUUUGCUCUCCAUUUCUCCCUCUCCCUCCUCUCCUUUCCAUUAUAUCACUUGACUACAUUCCUUCAUCAUCGCUUAAAUCAACAUGCUCUAUGAAUUUUUUACCUCUCUUCUCUAAGAUUUUUCAAAUAUCAUUGUGAAAAGACAAACACAAAACUGUACCCGCAAGUCCCAUCAAUUAGGUGGGACGAAUAGGUUUGAUCAUGAUAUACAUAUAUUAAAUUCCUAUGCACAUCCACA